GCUUAUUCCAACUGAGUAGAUCAGCGAUCCAUUUGAGCCCGCUCGUUACUCCCUCGUCAUCAACCAUCUUCUUUUGAAUUGAAAAUACCUUCUUCUCGUCCCCCAGACCCUCCACGAUGGCCCACGCUGACUCUGGAGUGUUGUCAAACUUCUCGCAGCGAGCCCCUCCGAGAACCCCGCGAAACCUGUACAUCAGUUCAUACCUUGUCUGGGUGUGAUACGCCGGUUCGUCCUCAUCCGAAGCAGUUGUUACUAGUCGUAGCCGAUCAAUGGCUUCCUCCCCGCACAUGUCAACGACGACACGGAGGUUGCGCGCUUCAUUGGCUGGGGACCUGGAAAUCAUACAAAUGACCAAUGACCAAAGCAUAUUUGCCUGGGGCUGGUCAAGGAGUGGGGGGUUGGCCAACAGCUUCCUGGCCAAAGACCCCAGUGACUUCCACGGUUGCUCAAGCGUAAUUCGGAUGGAUCUUAGCGAUUUCAUAGCUGCUCUCGAAAAACACUUGUCAAAGAAGCAAUUACGAAAGCUGGUAUCUCUGGAAGAGCAGUUCCAAACGUUCACUGUCACCAAUCAUGGUAUUCAAAUAUGGCUCCCUCUGAAACGCCAAUCUUGCUGUGGAGGUUCAGAGUUCUUAGCUGCCAUCCUAACGUGCUGUGAUGCCCGAGAGAAGUCGAGCCCUAUAACCAUCACUAUCGAGCGGUUCGGUCCCAACCGUUUUAGGUAUUUUGGGCAGCUGCCGGUGGUUGAGAAUCAACCACUUUCCAUCGAGUUCAAGUCAAUCCUUCUUCCUUACCGAGACAAUAUCAACCCGAACAUCAGGGGACCGUCAUGUAGGCAGAGGAUGUUGCCACGGAUUUUGCUCGAAGACAUCACACCCAGUGAUAAUAUCAUCGUUGUCUUGGGUGCCGCGAAUUCUGGAAAGAGUAACUUUAUGAAGAUGCUGACUGGGGCACGACCAGAACCGGGUGCAGACUUGCUGAGCUUCUGCACGACGACCAUCUGCGCCUUUGCUAGUGUCCGUAAUGGAAAACGUUUCGUUUUCUUAGAUACACCUCCGUUGGAUUCCGACUGUUUUGAAGCGGCAUUAAUGCAAUUUGGAUUGCUGUGAGCCAAAUUGUUUUACUUGAUCUUGCUUAGAGUUAAUUCUGGG